AAAAAAAGGAAGCAAACUGUGGCGCGCUAACGCCAUGUAGACCGGUGUAUGGUGGGUUUGAAAUUUUUUUUUGGUAUCGAUUGUCGUGAACAGGAUCUUGUAAGUUUAGUGUCAACAUACGACUCAAGAAGAAAGCCACGUUUGGGGGGAACAAGGGAACAAUAGAGUGGGAACUUAGAUAAGGCUACGCAGGGAACAAACAUAAAGGUUUUAGUGACGACGAAAGCUGAACUCAAAGGGUGAAAGUUUACCAAGAUAACGCAGUGUAGGAUUUUACUGUGCAAGUUGUCAUAAACGAAUUUAUAUGCCACUCUACUAAAAAAAACAACAAUGACUAGUUGGAAGACUGUGACUACUUUGUUGUUGUCACUAGCAGUGUGUGUGAUAACUGCAGCCGUCGACGUGUCUAUACUCGACCCGGAAACACUUUCCGACGCCAUCGGCAACACCGCGGAUAAGGACAGCAACAUCACCUACGCACCUCUAGACGAUGACAUCACAUACAAGGCCGAGGCUGGAACUGACCUAGGGGCUAUUGGGGUCUUCUACGACCUGGCGCAGAGCAUUGUGGACACGUCAUUGCCCGGACCUUUUCCUUUCGAUUGGGUGGAGAAGAUCAAAGAUGGGAAGCUGGUUAUUGGAACCGAUUGGAAAGAGCUCGUCACGUCCUACCUUGGUUACGUCAUCGCCGUGGCCAUCGGUCUGCUGUUUUUCAUCAUCUUCCCCAUCGUCGGCUUCUGCUUCUGCUGCUGUCGGUGUUGUGGAAAUUGUGGCGGGAAACGCGUCAUCAAAGCCCCCGAGGAGGGCGGCUACGGCAGACAAUGUUGUCGUGUGGCGACCAUGAUUAUUUUGGCUGUUGUUGUCGGAUUCGCUGUAGUUGGCAGUGCCCUGAUGUUCGUCACCAACCAAAACCUUUCAAACUCCAUCAAAGAUUUCGGCGACAAAGACGUGGAUAAAUUGGAUGACAUCACCUCGUUCUUUGACGCCACCAUUCAUCAAGCCAACAAACUGGUCAACAACUCAUUUAACUUCACCGUGGAUGUUUUGUUUCGUGACCUGGACAACAUCGGUUUUCUGCUGGGCCAGAACAUCAAGCGUAGAGUCCUGAGUAACACAGGCCUGGAUGGUGUGUACAGUGGUAUAGAAGGCAUGGACACAGACGCCAAAACAUUACGAGAUCUGACCCAUAUCCUGAUGAUUGAAAAAAACACCACCAUCUCCUCCUCGCAAACUUUUAUGAGCUUCACAACUCAGCUGCAAGCGGACAUCAAUUCUAUCGCCCUUUUAGACUUUAAGGCUAAAUGCCCCAACUACACAAUUAAUGAAACAAACUUCCAUGCUGAAAAAUUACCAAUCGAGGAUCUGAAGUAUAUUUUCCUAAACAACGUCACGGCUUCUGGCAUCACGAAAUUAACGACAGAGUCAAAAAACAAGCUGAACGACAUCCCAGAGCGAGUGCAAAAUGAAACAGAGGGCCCCAGAACUGAUCUGAGAAAGAAUGUGAACGACUACACCGCUGAGAUCUCCAAGAUCAACACCAAGUUGAAUGAGAUCCGUGACAACUUUUUGGGUAAAAUAAAUUUUGACUCCAUCAAAGCCGAUGUAAGAGAUUAUGUCAAGCUAGCUGUACAGUACGAUCAGUACAGAUGGUAUGGAGGUCUGGGUUUGGCUGGUGUUGCCCUUCUCAUCUCCGUGCUGCUCGGGCUGGGCUUGCUGUUUGGAUGUUUGGGAGGAAAUGCUCAGGAUGAUCCCACUGAGAGAAGUUCUUGCUCCAAUCAUGGAGGCAACUGUCUCACUGCGGCUAUUAUGCUGACCUUCAUAUUUGGUUGGCUAAUUAUGUUAAUCACAACAAUUCUCUUCGCUGUUGGAGCCCCCACUGACAAAUUUGUCUGCUCUUCUCUGAAGGAUAUUAGUGUUGUUGAAAAGAUUAUCAAUGACUUUAAAUUGCUUGGAAGUCCAUCAAGUCCAAACAGCUCUUGGUUGGGUGACCAGAUCUAUCAAGGAAAGAAUGUCAACAUCAGCAUUGCUGAUGUCAUGAAUGCUUGUAAAAAUGAUGCAACAGUUUAUACGGCUCUAAAAAUGAAGGAGGGAAAUAUUAUCAACCUGACUGAGAUCACAGAUUAUGGCAAAACCUUUAGUAUCAGUAACAAAAUAAAGGACUUUAAUGUUGGAUUUGAUGGCAUCAAUAUCACAUCAGAUGAAAUGAUGAAAUUUAUUGAUUUCAUGGGGGAUUUUGACAACCAAAUGAAUUACAGCCAGUAUGAUAAUGUACUUUCCUUAUCCCCAAUAAAUACAAGUGAACUGUUCUUGAAUCAGCUUACUACCUACAUCACUAGUAUCUCAUCAGGUCCUGAUAAAACCAAAUUGCAACAAAUUCAGGCAAACUUGACAUCACAUCUUAAUGCUGAAGGCUUAGUUUUGAAAAACUCAAUUAACAACAUCACAAGCACUCUGGGUAGUGUCAAGGCAACUACACAAACACCUGCUGAUAAUCCACUUAAGAAAAGAUGUGACACUUUGAAGGCCAACCUAACAAGCGUACAGAACAACUUAGAAACUGCUGCUGGACAAGCCUUCAAUGCUUCUGUGAAAGAAUAUGAAGCUCGACUGAAGAAAAUAUUUGACAACUUUGUUCAAGAUAUUAAAGAUAGUGUUGAAAAUGAUAUUGGCAAAUGCAAACCCCUGUGGAAUAUCUUUAACAGUGUGGUAUUAUAUGGAGUAUGUGAUUCAACUAUUGGUGCAUUGAAUGGCUGGUGGUGUGCCCUUGGUUGGACUGUGUUCUUCCUACUGUUGUCCAUUUGUGUAUCCAGCAGCAUGUCUAAAUACUUCUUCAAGAUGAGAUAUGCCAACACUAAAACCUCUGAGCCACCUAUUGAGUAA